AUGUCAGUGGGGCUGCAGGGGCCAGACGCCACCAAGAGCCGCUGGGCGCGGGGUCCCGGCCCGGGUCCUCCUCGUGGGCAGCAGACUUCUUGGGGCACGGAGGUCAGUGGCUCCCCGGUACUGCUGAGGCUCAGCCACUUCUCCAGACCUCCCUUCCUCUGCUUCGGCGAUGUACGGGUUGGAGCCUCCCGGACCUUGCCCUUGAUCCUGGACAACCCGAACGAGGAGGUGGUGGAGGUGAGAGUGGCCAGGCUACCGAAGGCGGACCAAGGCUUCAGCGUCUCCCCGCAGAGCUGUAUUCUGCAGCCUAAAGAAAGAAUUUUUGUUUCUGUAACUUGGACACCAUUCAAUGAAGGCAGAAUACGAGAGAUGGUAACUUUUCUUGUGAAUGAUGUUCUGAAACAUCAAGCAAUAUUAUUAGGGAACGCAGAACAGCCAAAAAAGAAAAAGAGAAGUCUUUGGGAUACUCUUAAAAAGAAGGACAUUUCAUCUUCCUCAAGGCUUUCUAAAAGGCGUUCAAAUAUUAAAAAUGUUAAUAAUGCCUUUCAUGUUCCUCAGAAGAGUGACAAAUUAAGAAGCCCACUACAAGCCUGCGAAAAUUUGGUUGCAUUGGAAGAUUGUCCCCUCAUGGGAAGUAAUUCUUUAAAUACAGAAGACAAUCAAUUGCCUGUAUCACCCAUUAGUCCUGUUUUUAAAAAAAGCCCCAAUGAUAUUGGCACUCCACUUUCUGUCCGUCGAUCAACCACCUAUACCCUUCUUCAUGCACCGGAAAACAGAGAAUUACUGAAGGAAGCACAAGAUGCUAGCCUUUUGAAAGGUUUUCAUUUGGUUGAAGAAGUAAUUAGUAAAAAUAUGUACAACACUGUUACUAAAUCAGUACAAGAAAGCAAUGCUAAGGAUCAUCUGGACUUCAGUAACAUAAGAUUACCUGUUUUUACUCCAGAACAUUCUUCAACACUACACCUGCAAAAUCAAAGAACUUUUUUAAGUCCAGAUUCUUUUGUAAGUGAUAACUAUUUGGCUGAUAAAGAUCUAGAAUCUAUGCCAAUUAUUUCACCUGAUCAGUUCAUGAAAGGUGAUUCGAAGGAUACAAAUUUUGAGUCACAAAAGAUAUAUGAAAUACACAAACCAUUUUUUCAAAGGAUAAUUUUAAGCCCAGAUUCCUUUGUGACUAAUAGUUAUGAGCUGAAUGAAAGUCUAGAACCAGUAUCUAUUGAUCCUAUUCUCUCACCAGAUCAGUUCAUAAAAAAUAAUAAAACAGAGGUAUGCACAUCUCAGCAGUUUUCACAGUUAUCUUUAGCAAAUGAAAAUUCUCCAUUAUCAGAGUCAACUCUUAAUUGGAAGAACAAUAAAAUGUUACAGUUUGUGUCUGAUGAUCAAGCCUUUCCAAAUGUUAUUCCCAAAGAAACCAAACUAGUAGAAAUUAAAUUACAUUACUCUGGCCCUUCAGAUGAGAAUCAUUGUAAGGUUUCUACAGUUCAGAAAAAUCCUUGUAAUUUCAAGGAACAAUAUAAGAAGCGUCCAAUACUUUCAGCUACUGUUACUAAAAGUAAGCCAAAGUACUCUGAAAGAAAGAGAACUGGAAUGAAUAACCCAAAAUCUAGACGGUGUCUUAACACUGCAGUAACUGAUUGUGAAAAUACAGAAAUGCUGCGUGCUUACCUUCCAAACAUACGUCCAAUUGUAAAUGAAUCAAAGAGUUGUAAAGAUAAAGUAAAUUCAGUUUCCUUUGGAAGUGCUUUUGGUGGCUAUAAAAGAAAAAGUGAAGGAAAUUUAGAAGAUAUAAAUAUAAUGGACUUAGCUAAUGAACACAUGGAAGUAAGAGAAACCAAAAGAAUCCAUUUUUCUUGUGCAAAGUCCAAAGCACUGACUGUCAUGAAAACAAAAAAAUCAAUUGUAAGAUCACCAGCCUCAAAACAUGUUAGUGUUCGUGAGAAACAAAACCGGAAGAAAAAAACUGAUUCACUGGCAAAUAGUACUUCUGGUCCUGUCAUUAACAGAAUGAAUAAGCCAGUUGUUCCUGUGGCACAGUCCCAUUUGACUUUCAUAAAACCAUUAAAGACAGUUAUCCCUAGGCAUCCCCUACCAUUUGCUGCCAGAAACAUGUUUUAUGAUGAGCGCUGGAAGGAAAAACAGGAACAAGGCUUCACAUGGUGGUUAAAUUUCAUUCUAACUCCUGAUGACUUAACUGUAAAAGCAAAUAUUUCUAAAGUAAAUGCUGUUACUCUUCUUUUGGGAGUGGAGAAUCAUUAUAAAAUAAGUGUUCCAAGAGCACCUACAAAAGAUGAGAUGUCUCUCAGAACAUAUACUGCUCGUUGUAGAUUGAAUAGGUUACGCCGGAAAGCUUGUCACUUAUUUACAUCAGAAAAAAUGGUUAAAGCUAUUAAAAAGCUAGAAGUUGAGAUUGAAGUUAGAAGAUUACUUGUUCGGAAGGAUAAACAUCUCUGGAAAGAUGUGGGGGAACGACAGAAAAUCCUCAACUGGCUGUUGUCAUAUAAUCCAUUGUGGCUACGUAUAGGUUUAGAGACUGUGUAUGGAGAAUUGAUCUCUUUGGAAAACAACAGUGAUGUUGCAGGUUUGGCCAUAUUUAUUCUGAAUCGUCUACUUUGGAACCCUGAUAUAGCAGCUGAAUACAGACAUCCCACCGUACCUCAUCUUUAUAGGGAUGGACAUGAAGAAGCUUUGUCUAGAUUUACUUUGAAAAAGUUAUUACUACUGGUCUGUUUUCUUGAUCAUGCCAAACUAUCUAGACUUAUUGAUCAUGAUCCUUGUCUCUUUUGUAAAGAUGCAGAAUUCAAGGCUAGUAAAGAGAUUCUUCUGGCAUUUUCACGUGACUUCCUUAGUGGUGAAGGUGACCUUUCCCGCCACCUUGGCUUUUUGGGAUUACCUGUUAGCCAUAUUCAAACACCACUUGAUGAAUUUGAAUUUGCUGUAACAAAUCUUGCUGUAGACUUAAAAUGUGGAAUUCGUCUUGUGAGAGCAAUGGAGCUUCUCACAAAGAAUUGGGACCUUUCAAAGAAACUCAGGAUUCCUGCAAUAAGUCGCCUUCAAAAGAUUCACAAUGUUGAUAUUGUUCUUCAAGUGCUGAAAGAACGUGGAGUUUCAUUGAAUGAUGAGCAAGGUAAUACAAUUCAGUCUAAGGAUAUCGUGGAUAGUCACAGAGAACGAACUCUAGCACUGCUUUGGAAAAUAGUACUUACUUUUCAGGUGGACGUUUUGCUUAAUUUAGAGCAGGUAAAAGAAGAAAUUGUAUUUUUAAAACAUUCACUAAAUAUAAAAAGAAAAAUGAUAGCACUAUCAUCAUAUCCUAAUGGCUUGACCUAUGUAAAAAAAAGGAGCCAGAGAAGUUUUUCCUUGGAACACCAUAAUGAAAAUGUAAAAUUGCUGAUGGAUUGGGUAAAUGCUGUUUGUGCAUUCUAUAACAACAAAGUGGAAAACUUUACAGUGUCUUUCUCAGAUGGAAGAGUAUUAUGUUAUCUGAUUCAUCACUACCAUCCAUCCUAUCUGCCUUUUGAAGCAAUAUUGCAGCGUACCACUCAAACAGUAGAAUAUGCAAAAACUGAUUCAGUGGCAUUAAAUUCAUCUUCUGAAUCUGAUGGAAGUGGUUUAGAUAUUUAUUUUGGAGCAUUUGAUCACGAGAGCUCAGUGUUAUACACAGAGCUCCUAGACAAUGAGAAAAAAAAUUUUCAGUUGGUCAGCUCUGCGGUGAGAGAUCUUGGUGGAAUACCUGCCAUGAUUCAUCAUGCAGACAUGUCUAAUACAAUUCCUGAUGAAAGGGUCGUCAUUACCUAUUUGUCAUUUCUUUGUGCAAGACUUUUAGAUCUUCGCAAAGAAACACGAGCUGCUCGAGUUAUUCAAACAACUUGGAGAAAAUACAAAAUAAAAGCAAAUCUAAAACUCUACCAGGAGAAAGAUAAAGCUGCUCGAGUAAUUCAAGCAGCUGUAACCAAUUUUCUGGCCAAGAAAAAAGUGAAAAAACUUUUUAAUGCAACAGUAAUUAUUCAGAAACACUGGCGAAGAUACUUAGCACAGAGAAAAAUGUUGAUGUUAAGGAAAGCAAAACUGGAAAAAAUUCAAAAUAAAUCAGCAGUGGUUAUUCAGGCUUUCUGGAGAAGAUAUUCCAUUAGAAAAAGGUUUCUGAAAUUAAAGCAUUAUACCACCAUUCUUCAAGCUAGAAUAAGAAUGCUGGCAGCUAUUUCUGCUUUUAGACAACAUCGUUGGGCAGCUGUUACUAUACAAAGGCAUUGGCGAGCUUAUUUGAGAAGAAAAGAAGACCAACAAAAAUAUAAAGUCCUUAAAUGUUCAUCAUUGAUAAUUCAGUCUGCUUUCAGAAGAUGGAAAAGACAUAAAAUAGAGCUGCAAACCAAAGCGAUCAUAGUACUGCAAAGAACUUUUAGAAAAUGGAAAGUCAGGAAACUAGCUAGGGAGGAAAAGGCAGCUAUUAUCAUUCAAACGUGGUAUCGAAUGCAGAAACAAAAGAAGAAAUAUGCACACCUCAGACUGUCUAUAAUUGUCAUUCAGAGCACAUUCAGAUGCUUAAAGGUCAAAAAGUUAUAUGCUAAAAAGAAGAAAUCCAUACUGACCAUCCAGAAGUAUUAUAGAGCUUAUCAGAAAGGAAGGACUGAAAGAACACACUAUUUACAAAAGCGCAAAGCAGUUAUACAACUUCAGGCAGCUUUCAGGGGAAUGAAAGCUCGAAAUUUGUGUAGAGAAAUAAGAGCCGUUUGUGUUAUUCAGUCACAUUAUCGUGCUUACAUCUUGAAAAAAAAGUUUCUAAGAAUGAAACAUGCCAUAAUAAUAUUGCAGGCUUUUAUCAAGAUGAAACAGGGACGUAAAAAAUAUUUAACUUUAAGAAAAUCUGCACUCUGUAUCCAGCGGUGGUACCGUUCCAGAAGAUACGCUACACAAUAUAGAGAUGAAUAUCAGCUAUUACGGGAAUCUUGCAUUAAAUUACAAGCUGUUGUGAGAGGACAUCUGGUUCGCAAACAGUUACGCUCACAGAGAAAAGCUGUUACUUUGCUGCAGUCUUACUUCAGAAUGAGAAAAGAGCAACAACACUAUCUUCGAAUUUAUAGAGCUACAGUUUGUAUUCAAAAUCAUUACCGGGCAUACAAAGUACAAAUCUUUGAGAGACAAAAGUUCUUGGAAAUAAAAAAGGCAGUUGUCUGCUUGCAAGCAGGUUAUAGAGGUUAUAAAACUCGUAAAAUGUUCAAGCAAAUAUCUACUGCUGCUCUUAAAAUUCAAACUGCUUUUAGAGGUCACAACAAGAGAUUAAAAUAUCAAGCUGUACUUCAAUCUUCUAUCAAGAUACAACGAUGGUAUAGAGCACAUAAGACUGGUUAUGAAAUAAGAAUGAAUUUCUUAAAAAUAAGAGCAGCUGUGAUUUUUCUUCAAUCAGUUUAUCGCGGUUGGAAAGUUCGGAAGUGUCUUCAAAGGGAAUACAAUGCUGCAGUCAUCAUUCAAUGUGCUUUUAGAAGGGUCAAUGCUCAGAGGAAAUUUAGAUUGAUGAGAAAUGCUGCACUGACUAUCCAACAAUAUUUUAGAGCAAAAAUUUUAGAAAAGAGGCAGCACAAAGAAUAUGACCUUUAUCAUGCUGUAUUGAGGCUUCAAGCAGCUUGGAGGGGAAGAGUAGUCAGAAGACAAAUUAAAAGACAAAACCAAUCUGCUGUCAUCAUACAGUCAUACUUUAGAAUGUAUAUCCAUCAAAAGAAAUGGAAAAUUGUGAAAACAGCUGUUCUUCAGAUCCAAAGGUAUUACAAGGCCUACAAGAGCAGAAAGCAGAAGAAUUCUCUAAAUUUAAAAAGAAAAAUGGCUACAAUUAUUUUACAAUCUGCCUAUCGUGGAAUGAGAGUAAGGAAACAAAUGAAAGAACUUCACAAAGCAGCCACAACUAUUCAGGCUAAAUAUAAGUCUUAUAGUUCAAGAAAGAAAUAUUUAGCCCUUCGAGAUGCAGCUGUCACAAUACAGAGAUGGUAUCGAGCUCUUGUCAAAGCAAACCAUCAGCACUGGGAAUACCUCAUUUUAAGGAAUUCAGCUAUUAAAAUGCAAGCUGUUUACAGGGGUGUACGAGUAAGAAGACAAAUUCAACACAUGAACAAGGCAGCCACUUAUAUUAAAGCAGUGUUUAAAAUGCAUCGGUUAAAAGCAAAAUAUAGAACCAUGAGAAAGGCAGCUAUUGUGAUUCAGGUGAGAUACCGAGCAUAUUGUCAAGGUAAAGUACAACGCAAAAAUUACUUGAUAAUUCUACAGUCUACCAUUAUUCUUCAAGCAGCUUUUAGAGGCACAAGAGUACGCCAAAAAUUAAAAAAGAUGAAAGUUGCAGCAACAGUUAUACAGUCAUACUAUCGGAAGUACACACAACAAAAGCAUUUGGAUGAGUUAUGCAAGUCAACUAAACUUUCACAGCAGCAGCAUUGUACUAUCAAGGAAAGAAACAUAUCUCUUUGUAAAUACAGUAUUUUGGGACAUUCAGUAGUUUGCAUUCAGGCACCAUUUCGGGGUAUGAAAACAAGGCAACACUUGAAAGUAAUACACUUAGCAGCAACCCUCAUUCAGAGGAGGUUUAGGGCUUCAAUGAUACGAAAAAGAUACCUUUCUCUCAAGAGGGCAACAAUUUUUAUUCAGCGAAAGUAUCGAGCAACAGUUUGUGCCAAGCGUGAAUUUCAACAAUAUUUGUGUUUACGUAAGGCGGUUAUUGUUCUUCAGUCACAUUAUAGACGAUUUAUAGUAAAAAAAAAGAUGCAAGAAAUGCACCAAGCUGCCACUAUUAUCCAAAUUGCAUUUAGAAGGCACAGAGCAUACGUUUCAUAUCAAGCCAUGAAACAUACUUCCAUUGUAAACCGGCAGCAUUCCUAUGUACACAGGGAACAAAAACUAGAGAUGGGAGAUUAUCUAAAGCAACAAAAUUCUGUUAUGGUUAUCCAGACUGCAUAUAGAAGAAUGAAAGAUUAUCAGCUUUUACAGAAAAAACACAACGUAGGAGUCAUAAUACAAAGCUCUUAUAGAAUGUAUAAACAAUAUUCUUACAAUCAAGAUAUACAGUGGGCUUCUAAAGUAAUACAAAGGAGAUACAGAGCAUAUAAAGAGAGAAAAAAAGCCCUUCAGCAUUCUUUCAUCAUGAAGAAGGAAACAGCUUGCAAUCAGGCAGCUUUGGGGACCACAGUGACUAGUAACGAAAGACAGGAAAAUCAAACUCCUUUUGGUAUCCAAAAUAAUUUUAAAGUACACCAUAGCAGUCUUUCCUUUAGGGCAGCAACAGUUCUUCAGAGGAGAUACAGACCAUCCAUUAUGACACAUGUACCCACUAAAGGACUUACUUAUAUACAACCUUCUUACAAGGGCAUCAAACUACAAAGGAAUUAUCUACGUAUGCAUCAGGCUGCUACCCUAAUUCAGGCCACCUUCCGAAUGUACAAGGCCAGAGUUGCCUAUCAAAAUAUGAGAAAUGGAGCUGUUGUCAUACAGACUUAUUAUAGGUUAUAUUCUGAAACAAAAAUUGAACGAAAUAUAUUUUUAACUACACAAAGAUCUAUUCUGACUAUUCAGGCUGCUUUCAGAGGUAUGAAAGCUCGACAGGAAUAUAAAAACAUGUUAGAGAGAGAGAUGGCGGCAAUUAUUAUACAGUCAGCAUUUCAUCAUUAUAGAACAAAGAUUAAAUUUAAAGGGUCUCGGAGUGCCUCAGCUGUGUUUCAGGACAGACAAACAAAUCCUCAGAGGAGAGCUGAAAGGACAACUGAUGCUUUUCAUAAAAUGAUUGCCAGAAAAUUAGUAAAGCAAGAUGAUGAUAGCCAAAGAAUUCAGGCUUUAUUUUGGAUGGCCAUGUAUCGGGGAGAAUUUGUCCAGCAAAGAAGAUCUGCUGUCAUACUACAGGCUUAUUUGAGGAAGUGGCAAGCCAGAAGGCAGUCUAUAUUGUGUAGAAAAUCAGCAUUGACUUUGCAAAAUCAUUAUAGAACAUAUUUGUUUGUAGAAUACCAAAGGAAAAUUUAUUUACGAACCCAGAACAGCAUUAUAAGAAUUCAAGCUAGUGUGAAAGGAUUUAUUCAAUGGCAAAAGUUUCAGAAAAUUAAGAACAGCACCAUAAAAAUCCAGGCUACAUGGAGAAGAUAUAAAGCCAGACAAUUUUUGUGUAAAAUGAGAGCUGCCCAAAAAAUCCAAGCCUCUUUUAGAUGCUACAAAAUUCGCAAAGACUACCUAGCUAUGAAAAAAGCUGUUUGUAUUAUUCAACAUGUUCUCUAUACUAAAUUACAAAGAACCUGGUUUUUGAACCUGAGAUUUUCAACAAUUAUUCUUCAGAGAAAGUGGAGAGCUACUAUUGCUGCAAAGAAAGCUCGUGAGCACUUCUUACUCAUGAGGGAAGCUACAAUCAAAAUUCAGUCAGUUUACAGAGGACGUUGUGUUAGAAAUCAGAUAGUAAAAAGUCAUAAAGCAGCCUGUUUGAUCCAGGCAAUUUAUCGAGGCUAUAAAAGAAGACAGAAUUUUCUUCAGCUGAAAGCUUCCUCUGUGAUCAUUCAAAGACAUUUUCAAGCUAGGAAGGCUGGAAUAUGUGAAAGGAUAAAAUACUUAAAAAUGAAAAAAGCCAUCAUCAUGUUACAAGCUCUUGUUCGUGGUUGGUUAGUGAGGAAGAAGAAAUGCUUCAAAGCAAGAGUACAACAAAAGAUACCUAUUCAGAAUUGUCACAAUAUCAUAAAAGAACAGCAAGCAGCUCAAGAGUGUCGGAUUCAGAGAAAUAGAGCUGCAACAGUGAUUCAAAGAGCAACACGUAAUUUCCUCUUCCACAAACGAGAAGAAAAACUUAAAAACAGAAUUUCUAAAAUUCAGGCAUUAUGGAGAGGAUAUUCUUGGAGGAAGAAAAAUGACUUUUCAGAAAUUAAAGCCAUCCGACUAAACCUGCAAGAAGUAAAUAGGAAGAGCCGAGAAGAAAAUAAAUUGUAUAAAAGAACAGCACUGGCAAUUCAUUACCUUUUAAAAUACAAACAUCUUUCAUACAUUCUUGAAGCCUUAAAGCAUCUAGAGGUUGCUACCAGGUUGUCUCCUCUUUGUUGUGAAAACAUGGCCCAGAGUGGAGCAAUUGCUAAAAUAUUUGUUUUGAUCCUAAGUUGUAACCGUAGCAUCCCUUGUAUGGAAGUCAUUAAAUAUGCAGUGCAAGUUUUACUUAAUGUUGCUAAGUAUGAAAAAACAGCUCCAGCCGUUUAUGAGGCAGAUAAUUGCAUAGAUACAUUAUUGGAGCUUUUGCAGAUGUAUCGAGAAAAAGCUGGUGACAAAGUUGCAGACAAAGGUGGAAGUAUUUUCACCAAGACCUGUUGUUUGUUGGCUAUUUUGUUGAAGACCUCUAGGCGGGCUUCUGAUAUCCGAAGCAGACCUAAAGUUGUUAAUCGCAUUUGUAGUCUAUAUAAACUUACAGCACGUAAACAUAAAAUGUGUACUGAAAGAAUGAUUACUAAACAAAAGAUGAAUGCCACAAAUGGAAACUUCUUUAUUCCACCAACACCUGUAAGAACAAAAAUAGUUUCAAGACUGAAGCCAGAUUGGGUUUUAAGAAAAGAUAAUAUGCAAGAAAUUGUGAAUCCUCUGCAAGCUAUUCAGAUGGUGAUGGAUACACUUGGUAUUCCUUACUAAUCAAUCUGUUAAAAAAAAGUUUUUCUAAAUGUACAAUAAGAACUGAAAGCUUUUUAGCUUUUUUCUGUAUAUGUCAUUUA